AUGGCUUCUCGUCGCCAUCUCGUCUUCGCCCUCGCCACCGUCCUCGCCUUGCUCCGCGCUGUGGCCAAGGACGACGGCAACAUCUUGCGGCCGUGGCCGCCUGACUGCUCGACGGCGGACAACUACACGGCCGGCAGCCAGUACCAGAGGAACCUCGCCGAGCUCCUGUCCAGGCUCCCCGCGGCGGCCGGCGACAACGGCUGGUUCUACGAAGGCAGCGCCGGCGCGGGCGCCGACGAGGUGUUGGGCCUCGUCAUGUGCUACGCCGACUACAACGCGACGGCGUGCCGGGACUGCCUCUCCAGGGCGCCCGCCGGGAUCACGACGGUGUGCCCGGGCAGCCGGAGCGUCCGCGCCAUGUACGACGCGUGCACGCUCCGGUACUCGGACACGCCGCCGAUCCCGGCCGCCGCCGCGGACCUCGCCGUCCUGUACAUAGUGUACCUGGCUUUCCCUGGGGUGUCCGUCACCUCGGAGGGCCUGCGGGAAGCCUGGGUGCCGCUGAUGAGCGAGCUCACGGGCGGCGCCGCCGCCUCGCCGCUGCGGCUCGCCAACGGCAGCACGCCGUACUCGAGCUCGCAGGAGAUGUACGGGCUGGCGCAGUGCACGAGGGACCUCAACGCCAGCGAGUGCGCGCGGUGCAUCGGCAGCUACGUCAGCCAGCUGGGGAAGCUGUUCCCCAACAACUCCGGCGGCGUCGUCAAGGGGUACAGCUGCUACCUGCGCUACCAGGUGGCUGCGCUCGACAUCACCCUGCCGCCUGCGCCGGCGCCGGCGCCGCCAGCUCCAGGGCCUUCAUCGUCUUCCAAGACGGGGAUCGUCAUUGGCGUGUCCGUCUCCGUUGGUUCCGUCUCGAUCUUGAUGGUUCUGAGCUUCUCCGCGUGGCUUCUUCUCCGGUGGCGGCGGCGGAAGAUGGCUAACCUCCACGAGGAAACAAGGGCGAUGGAAGACGAGUUCGAGAAAGGGACCGGGCCAAAGCGGUUCCGCUACGGGGAGCUCGUCCUUGCCACGGACAACUUCUCGGACAGGCAGAAGCUCGGAGAAGGCGGGUUCGGGUCGGUGUACAGGGGAUUCCUGAGGGAGAUGAACCUUCACGUCGCCAUCAAGAGGGUGUCCAAGGGCUCCAAGCAAGGGAGGAAGGAGUACGCCUCGGAGGUGAGGAUCAUCAGCCGGCUGAGGCACCGUCACCUGGUGCAGCUCGUCGGCUGGUGUCACGGCGGUGGCGAUCUCCUCCUCGUCUACGAGCUGAUGCCCAACGGCAGCCUCGACAAACAUCUAUAUAGUGGAGAUAACAAAUUAUCAUGGUCACUCAGGCACAAGAUUGUUCUCGAGAUCGCCUCGGCGAUUCUUUACCUGCACCAAGAGUGGGAGCAGUGCGUCAUGCACAGGGACAUCAAGCCGAGCAACGUGAUGCUGGACGCCUCCUUCACCGCCAAGCUCGGCGACUUCGGGCUCGCCAGGCUCGUCGACCACGCCCGGGGCUCCCACACCACGGUGCUCGCCGGCACGCUGGGGUACAUGGACCCAGAGUGCAGGGUGAGAGGCCGGGCCAGCGCCCAGUCCGACGUCUACAGCUUCGGCGUCGUCCUCCUCGAGGUCGCGUGCGGCCGGGGCCCCGCCGUCGUGCUCGGCGACGACGCCGUGAUCCACCUGUCGCGGCACGUCUCGGAGCUCCACGGCCAGGGAAGCGUCCUCGACGCCGCCGACCCGCGGCUUGGCGGGGAGUUCGACGCCCGGGAGAUGGAGAGCGUGCUGGUGGCCGGGCUCUGGUGUACGCAGGGCGGCCGGAACACGAGGCCGUCCAUCAGGCAGGUCCUCGCCGUGCUGCGGUUCGAGCUGCCGCUGCCGUGCCUCCUCCCUGUCCCUGAGAGGGCGCCGGUGGUGGCGUACACGCCGCCGGCUGGCCUGCUGAUGAACUCUGAUCCAUCUUCUCAUGAUGGGACAAACAGCACCUCUGCAAUGUCAACAAGUGUCUAG